CUCUCUCCCCUGCACCCCCGCAUCCCUGGCCGGCCGCUCGGGCUGAGGGCCGGGCUAUGCGGCUGCGAGGAGCCGGGGGCUGCGGGCGCGCGUCCCUGCGGCGGCGGCCGCGUCCCCGGGGCCCGCACCCCGUGCGCCCCCGCGCCCGCUGCGGGAGCCUGCUCCCUCUGUGGAGCCGCGUCUUUGUGUGCGGGGGUGUGAGAGGCGAGGAGCGAGUAGGAGCCGCGUCGCCGAGUGCCCGCUCCCUCCCGGGGCGGGUGGGGGCCUCUCCACGCCGCCCGCCGUCGCCGCCGCCGCCUCGCGAGGACGCCGGCCACCCGCACCGCGCCGGGCACGCCGCCCCCGCCCGCCGGCGCCGCUCGCACAUGCCUGAGCCGCAACCCUGCGAGCAGGCAGCGCCGGCCCCCCACCCCGCGGCCCCGGGCCCCGUCUUCGGCGCCUUGCCUCCUCCCGGGCCGGGCGCCGUGGCCCCGGCAUGAGGAGCGGGCGAUGAUACCCGCUAACGCCUCCGUCAAGAAGGGGCCCGAGGGCAAGUACCCGCUGCACUACCUCGUGUGGCACAACCGCCACCGCGAGCUGGAGAAAGAGGUCCGCGCCGGCCAGGUGGACAUCGAGCAGCUGGAUCCCCGUGGGAGGACUCCCCUACACCUGGCCACCACACUGGGGCACCUCGAGUGUGCCCGUGUGCUCCUGGCACACGGUGCAGACGUGGGCAGGGAGAAUCGCAGCGGCUGGACAGUGCUUCAGGAGGCUGUGAGUACCCGGGACCUGCAGCUGGUGCAGCUGGUGCUACGGUACCGGGACUACCAGCGGGUGGUGAAGCGACUGGCGGGCAUCCCAGUGCUCCUGGAGAAGCUGCGCAAGGCGCAGGACUUCUACGUGGAGAUGAAAUGGGAAUUCACUAGCUGGGUGCCCCUGGUGUCCAAGAUCUGCCCUAGCGACACCUACAAAGUGUGGAAGAGUGGGCAGAAUCUGCGGGUAGACACCACGCUCCUAGGCUUUGACCAUAUGACAUGGCAACGAGGCAACCGCAGUUUCGUCUUCAGAGGCCAAGAUACAGGCGCUGUGGUCAUGGAGAUCGACCAUGACCGCCGGGUGGUGUACACUGAGACUCUGGCAUUGGCCGGGCAGGACCGCGAGCUGCUCCUGGCUGCUGCCCAGCCCACCGAGGAGCAGGUGCUGAGCCGGCUUGCUGCGCCCGUUGUCACCACACAGCUCGAUACCAAGAACAUCUCCUUUGAGAGGAACAAGACUGGCAUCCUGGGCUGGCGCAGUGAGAAGACUGAGAUGGUGAAUGGGUAUGAAGCCAAGGUAUAUGGAGCAUCCAACGUGGAACUCAUCACCCGGACACGGACAGAGCAUCUUUCAGAACAGCACAAGGGCAAGGUCAAAGGCUGUAAGACACCUCUGCAGUCCUUCCUGGGAAUUGCUGAGCAGCAUGGGGGCCCUCAAAAUGGGACCCUGAUCACUCAGACUCUGAGCCCAGCCAACCCCACUGCCAUCACCGCAGAAGAGUACUUCAAUCCCAGCUUUGAGCUUGGCAACCGUGAUAUGGGCCGCCCCAUGGAACUGACCACCAAGACCCAGAAGUUCAAGGCCAAGCUGUGGCUGUGUGAGGAGCACCCCCUGUCCCUGUGUGAGCAGGUGGCCCCCAUCAUUGAUCUCAUGGCUGUCAGCAAUGCACUUUUUGCCAAGCUCCGGGAUUUCAUUACCCUACGCCUGCCUCCUGGCUUCCCUGUCAAGAUUGAAAUCCCGAUCUUCCACGUCCUCAAUGCCCGCAUCACCUUUGGGAACCUCAAUGGCUGCGACGAGCCGGUGCCGUUAGUGCGAGGCAGCCCCAGCAGCGAGACCCCGUCCCCAGGCAGCGACUCUUCCAGUGUCAGCAGCUCCAGUUCCACAACCUCAUGCCGCAGCUGUGAGAUCUCCCCCGCCUUGUUCGAGGCCCCGCGGGGCUACAGCGUGCUGGGCGGCCAGCGGGAGGCAGCCACCCGUGACGACGAAGACGACCUGCUGCAGUUCGCCAUCCAGCAGAGCCUGCUUGAGGCGGGCAGUGAGUAUGACCAGGUCACCAUCUGGGAGGCAUUAACCAACAGCAAGCCGGGCACUCACCCCAUGUCCUACGAGGGUCACCAACAGGACAGGAGCACCCCACCCACGCCCCAGCACCAGCCUGUGCCCCCCACGGCGGUUCCCAGUCCUCGGCCCAGCCCAAGCCGGGGCCCCGGCGGCCACGUGUUCCGGAGCUACGAGGAGCAGCUGCGGCUGGCCAUGGAGCUGUCAGCGCAGGAGCAGGAGGAGCGGCGGCGACGCGCGCUCCAGGAGGAGGAGGAACUGGAGCGCAUCCUGCGGCUCUCACUGACUGAGCAGUAGCGCCCCAGCCGGGACCCUCAGCCACGCCACGCAUGCCCCGCCCCGGAGUGUGACAUGCAGGGCCCGCAUGCCUGUCCCGCGGCGGCUGCAGACCCGAGCCGGCUGCAGACCCGAGCCGCCGCCUCAGGGGCGUAGUGGCGCACCAGGCACCGGACCGGGAGGGGUUCGGCAUGGCCACGGGGUACUUUUCUGGGCCAGGGCCCUGGAGGCAGCUGGCAUGGCCCGGUCCUCCUGCUUUGCUGUAUCCUGACCCCCACCCUUUGCCCUGGGCUCAGGCCGGUCCAAGGGCAGAGCCAGGCGAUUCUGAGCGGGAGACGGGUCCUUAGAGGAGCGCUGUCCCCAUCCUUGCUCCUUUUGGCCAGCCCUACUUUCUGCUCACUGUCCCCUCUUCAGGACACUGCCCGUGAAGCCUUUGCAUCUCCGCUCUUCACCCCCGGGGCGCAACUGAGCUCCCCUCGUGCUGUGUUGCUGCUGUGUUCCAGACACAAAUCAGCAGGUCAAGGGCCCAGCGCCUCCCCCACCCCGGCAUUUUAGCGUCAAGUGCACUUAGCGGGGUGCCCGGCUCCCCCAGCCCCCAUACCUCUCCCGGGUCGGGUCUCAGGGUGGUUCUAGCUUCAAUUUUGGUGGCCAAAGGUUGGAGUCCCCUUCCUCAAGACAUUUUUGUGAUCACGGAGGGUGCCCAAGGUACCCCCCCACACACACACCUCUGCAAGGCCUGGCUCCCUCAUGCUCUCUUGGCAAAUGGUGUGUGGGGGAGCAUAUUGGGCUGGGGACAAGCACUAGACCCUGUACUAGACUGGACACAGAGGUGUCGCCCAGGGCCCUGGCACCACCACCCACCCCUUCCCACCAGCUGCUGCUAGCCCUCUGUGGUUGUGCAUCCCACUUGCCCCCACCCAGGGGCUGACUCUAAAACCUUUCAUCCAAUGGUGCUAACCCCCGGCUCUCCCCUGCCCCACCCCACCUACCCAGAGAAGCACAGACCCCUCCAGGGGCAGGGUCCCAACACACUCCCUUGUCUGGGUUCCCUCAGACGGGCCUUCUUGGCUCAGCCAGUGAGGUUCAGAAGGGACACAAAAGGGAUGGAAGAAAAGAACAAAGAGAAACUGUUCCUCUCACCCCCUUCCCUGAUGCCAGGGGCACCAGACUGAUUCUGAGGCACAAAUAAAAGAGGCUUC